CUUUGUGAUUCUGUAACCAUCCUCGGUUGUAUCUGUUUGCUCGACACCCUCGAUCUUCUUCCAUCAACAUCCUCAUAUUCUUCGUCCCCCAAGACGCGUCCAUUAUUCUCCACCAGAUGACCGAACAGGACUUGAAAGCGGGGCACUUUCAGACCCUGACAUUCGAAUCCCCUCACCGCGUCAUCAUCACCGACAUCCUCUACGGUACGCAUGAGAUCACCGAGCCUGUUCUCAUCGACCUCCUCCAGUGCGCCGAUCUCCAGCGCCUGAUCGGUAUCUGUCAACACGGCGUCACAGGCCACCUAGGCUUACUGCCGGGAGCCGUCAAGAUCUCGCGCUUCGAGCACUCGGUGGGCGCAUGUCUUCUCGUUCGUUCUCGGGGCGCCACGCUCGAAGAGCAAGUGGUGGCUCUGCUACAUGACAUUAGCCACACAGUGCUCAGUCAUGUCGUCGACUGGGCGCUGUCCAACCCCAACGAGGAGAGCUUCCACGAGGUCCACAAGGCCCGCUACCUCCAGACGACGCGUAUUCCCGACAUUCUCACCAAGCAUGGCAUGCCUUUGACGGUCCUACAUGAGGAGAAAUACCCGCUUGUUGAGCUGCCGGCACCCCAUCUCUGCGCGGACCGUCUGGACUAUUCGCUCCGGGACGGACUGGCCUUUGGGAAAAUGAACCGCGACCAGGCGCGCGAGCUGUUGCAAUGUCUGCGAGCUUUUCCAUACCCCACAGCUCCGCACCGCAUCCUCGUCCUUGAAAACCGGCACGUGGCACUCUGCUUUGCGCGGGUCUAUCUUCAGGUCGAUCAGGAGGUGUGGUCGAACCCUACCCAUGCCGAUAUGUACAAGCGCACGGGUAAGUUGAUUGGGGAUCUGGUUCGUGGGGGUCAAAUGUCGGAGGAGACGCUCUGGAAGUUGUCGGAUCAGGAGUUUUGGGGUUUGUUGUUGCGUCUGGCGGAUGCGGAGGGGGCGGCGAUGUUGAAGGGGUUUGAGAGGGAUGGCUUUUCGAAGGAGAAGGACCUACCUCUUCCCAAAAACGUCAAGAUCAGAACCAUCGAUCCUGAUGUCUGGGAGGAUGAGAACACCCCUUCGCCUUUGUCUCAGUUGAGUCCCGAGUGGGCGGCGGAGCGACAGGCCUACAUUGACCGUCGCGAGGCGACUAGAGCCUUGGACUGAACUCGAGAUGUCAAGAAUUGGAAAGGCUAGACCGGAUGCUUCAGGUUAAGUCGUUGAUGUUCACUGGCGGCAUUUACAACGACUGGCUACGUUAUCUAGUAUCUAUUUGCAACAUGGUCUUACAUACACAGCAAUCACGACACAGCUGGCUGGCAGAGAUCAGGUUUUCAUUAAAAGCCAUGAAACACUCGGGAGAAUCAGCUACAAGCCGAGUCAGA